AUGCAACAACGCGCGUCCUCGUCGAGCGACGCGCGCGACCGAGCGACGUUCACAAACCGACUCGACGCCUCGGCAUCGCAUCGCGCUCUCGCAUUGCCAUCGUCGACCGCCAUAGCAGCAGCGCCCGACGCCAUGCACGCUGGCGCCGUGAGCGGUGCACGCACCAGCACCACCAGUCGGGGCGCGGCUAAUAGAAGCGACAGCGCGGGGACCCUCGCCGACGGAUCCGCCGCCCGGCCGCGAUUUGCGGGCCGGCGCCGGCAGCCGGGGACCACCCGGCCCGGUGGGCACUUGUUUAAAUCGCGGCGGCGGCGCGUGCUGCUGCUGUUCGUUGGCGCGAUCGCCGCUCUCACUGCCUUCAACGUGCUGCUGCUCCGCUCGCGCAAUUCCCUCAGAGCAGCGGAUAUCCGAAAUUACAUUAACGAGGAUUUGAGCGACGAGCCAGACGGGGAAGGCGCGGAUAACGAGGAGAGCGGUAGCGAGGACGGGCGGAGCGGCGACUCGUCGUCGUCGUGGUCGUGGCGGUGGUGGAGCGCGCUGAGCGGGACAGGCGGCGGGCAGCGGCGAGCGCGCGAGGUGAAGGCGUACAACAACUCGGACCCCGAGCCGGACGCGCGCAUCAGCGACGCGGACGACCAGUUCAUCGACGCCACGCUGCCCGUCGACGGCGCCCAGCCCGCCCGCACGCGCUCGCGGGACAAGGCGGGCGGGGCGGGCGGGGGUGGCGCGGGGGAAAGCGGGGCGCGCGUGCGGCUGGAGGACGUGCUGCGGUUCAACGUGAUGGGCGCGGGCAGACGGUGGGACCGCCGCGUGGGGUGCUCCAAGUUCAGAGCGAAACACAACGGUGCGGUGCGCUACCCCCAUGACCCCGCCACCCCCAUCACGCCCUGCAUCUCCCUUCCCCUAGCCCCCCUCCCCACCACACACCCACAGCCCCGCCAGCCACCCCAUCCAUUCCCCCCUCUCACCGUCGCACCUCCACCCCUCUUGCUGCCCACAGGUCUCUUUCACCCUCCUCUCCCCUCGUCUCCCCUCCUCUCCCUUCCUCUCCCCUCCUCUCCCCUCCUCUCCCCUCCUCUUCUCCCCUCUCCCCUCCUCUCCCCCUCUCUCCCCCCCUCUACCCUCCUCUCCCCUUUCCUCCCCUCCUCUCCCCUCCUCUCCCCUCCUCUCCUCCCCUCUCCCCUCCUCUCCCCUCCUCUCCCCUCCUCUCCCUCCCUCUCCCCCUCUCUCGCCCCCUCUCCCCUCCUCUCCCCUCCUCUCCCCUCCUCUCCCCCCCUCUCCCCCCCUCUCCCCUCCUCUCCCCUUUCCUCCCCUCCUCUCCCCUCCUCUCCCCUCGUCUCCCCCCCUCUCCCCUCCUCUCCCCUUUCCUCCCCUGCUCUCCCCUCGUCUCCCCUCGUCUCCCCUCGUCUCCCCUCGUCUCCCCUCGUCUCCCCUCGUCUCUCCGCCUCUCCCUGUGCCCUCUGCUUGCCGGGCAGCCAUUGGAUGCAUCAAGCAUUCCUACGCUCGCCACCAUUGCCGCACCUCGUGCUGCUAGCCGUCGCACACCCUGCAGUGCUGCCGCUACUCCCGGCGCUCGUGCGGUUGCUCAUCCAUGACUGGCGGCCCUCUGACUGGCAACCACCGUCGCCCAGUCUACAGGCGCCCAUCAACCCCGCGCACUGCCACCGCCUCAACCUGCCACACGUCACCGUGCGGGUGGAGAACAGCACGUGGGUGCACGAGACGAUCAUCGAGGGCGUGCAUGCGUGCCACCCCUGUGCGCUCUCCUGCGCCUUCACACGCGCUCGCCCCCUCGCCACGCACCCCGACGCGCUGCUCUUCGAGGGCGUGCUGCCACCCGCGCCCUCCAAGCCUGGCCACCCCCUGCACGUGUACAUGAACCUCGAGGCGCACCCCUGGGGGGAACCCGCACCGGGGGAUGGCGGGGAGGGGGAGAAGGGAGAGACGGGGAAGGAGGGAAAUGGGGGCGCAGCGGAUGGGGUGGGUGCGAGGGCGGGGGUGGAUGUGUUUGUGGGGUUCAGUGCAAACGCGACGGUGCAGGCAACGUAUGCGGGGCAUCUGUUCCACUGGGACCGCCAGCGCUAUAUUGCCGACAACAAACGCACUGACGUGCCAGUGUUCCACGCGGCGUCCAACUUUGUGGCGUGGAGGGACGCGGUGGUGAAGGCGCUCAUGAAGCACGUGCCCAUGCACUCCUUUGGCGCCUGCCGCUCCACCACCGCGCUCCACGGCACGGAGCUGCAGCUGUACCCGCACUGUGCGCACACGUACGGCGCACAGGAGCGGUGGCAGCACCACACGCACUGCGUGCAGUCGCACUACCUGUUCUCGCUGGCCAUAGAGAACACGCGUGCGCCCGGCUAUGUCACCGAGAAGUUCUUCUACCCGCUGGAAGCCGGCACAGUGCCCAUCUACAUCGGUGCGCCCGACAUAGCAGCGUUCGCCCCGCCCGACUCGUACAUUGACGCGUCGGGGCUGUCACCCGCGGAGCUGGGUGCCAUGGUGAAGCGCAUAGCAGCGGACCCCCUCGAGUACAUGGGCUACCACGCCUGGCGCAGCUCUUUCCUUGCACCAUUUGUUUUCCCACUCAAGACUGCGCCCCUCCCACUCACCCCCACCCUCAUCUUUUGGUCCAAUGUCCCCGGGGUGGCGGCAGCAGGUGUGGAGUGCAUGCUGACGCUGAUUUUCCGGGCCACAAGUGCAGCGGGCACAUUCGUGAAGCUGCAAGGAUGUGUGGUGGUGACAAUGAGGUAG